GUUUGUGGGCCCCGCACAGACCUCCUGAAUCCCCACGUGUAGUGGGACAAGACCCCGAGUGAGCAGGCGUCUCGGGGCCCUUGGGUCACUUCCAGGAGGAGGCAGUGGGCUGAGCUCCAUUCAGAGUGGCAGCCGAGCUGGCUGCUGUCAGGCCGUGCUGAAAGGGGAAGACAACAUUGCUCGAGUUCUCGUGAUUUGUUGAAAUGAUUCCAGCAAACUUCAGAUGGCUGCGUGUUCAUCGCCAGAUAGUGAACGCGGUCUGUGUGUGGCACGUUCUGGGGUGUGUACAGCCAGACCGAAGUUUGUACCGAGGAGGGAUGAGCACGUAAACAGUUGGUGCUGCGAACGCGGGGAGGAAGAGGUGGAUGAGGAGGGUGGUGCUGGCAGGUGUCAGGACAUCCCUGCCAAGGGCCAUGCCAUGCAGAGUGAGCCCAGAGCUGGCUGGGGUGCGUCCCAGAGUGUGGCAGUAGCAGCCAGGGCCAUUGUGGCUGGGCGUGGCGGGGAACACUCCUGCCAGGCUGAGAACCUCCCCGUGAGGGCAGCUGUGCAGGGCUCUGAGCAGAGUGCAGACGCGGCUUCUGUUUUAGCGGAGUCUAGGGAUGCAGGGUGAGGGUGCCAGCAUCCAGGUGAGCAGCGCUGCGCUUCACUGAGACCGGUGAUGGGCGGGCGGGUGUCAGCAUCCGUGAGGUCCCUGUUGUACAUCCAGGUGGGGACCCUGAGCCAGCAGGGAGCCGCUCUUCACUGAGACCGGUGAUGGACGGGCGGGUGUCAGCAUCGGUGAGGUUCCUGUUGUACAUCCAGAAGGGAGCGUUCCACAAGUUGGCCGAUGCCGGGAUUUUCUUGAGCGACUGCCUGGCGUGUGACAGCUGUGUGACUGCAGAGGAGGGAAUCCAGCUGUCCCAGCAGAAUGCCAAGGGCUUCUUCCGGGUCCUGAACCUCAACAAGAAAUGUGAUACCUCAAAGCAUAAAGUGCUGGUCGUGUCUGUGUGCCCGCAGUCUUUGCCUUAUUUUGCUGCUAAGUUCAACCUCAGUGUAACUGAUGCCUCCAGAAGACUCUGUGGCUUCCUCAAGAGCCUUGGGGUGCACUACGUGUUUGAUACGACGAUAGCUGCGGACUUCAGCAUCCUGGAGAGUCAGAGGGAGUUUGUGCGCCGGUACCACCAACACGGCCAGGACGAGUGUGCCCUGCCCAUGCUGACCUCCGCCUGUCCCGGCUGGGUCCGAUACGCUGAGCGGGUGCUGGGCCGACCCGUCACGCCCCACCUCUGCACUGCCAAGUCCCCCCAGCAGGUCAUGGGCUCCUUGGUGAAGGACUACUUUGCCAGACAGCAGAACCUGUCUCCAGAGAAGAUUUUCCACGUGAUCGUGGCCCCUUGCUAUGACAAGAAGCUGGAGGCUCUUCGAGAAGGUUUUCCUGCUGCCUUGCACGGGUCCCGUGGUGUUGACUGUGUGCUCACGUCAGGUGAAAUUGCUCAGAUAAUGGAGCAGAGUGACCUCUCCGUGAGAGAUGCCGCUGUGGACACUCUGUUUGGGGACUGCAGGGAGGAGAGAGUGGGGCGCCGUGACGGAGCUGGCGCGGAUGGGUACCUGGCGCACGUCUUCAGGCACGCGGCCAAGGAGCUGUUCGACGAGCACGUGGAGGAGGUCACCUACCGAGCCCUGAGAAACCGGGACUUCCAGGAGGUCACCCUUGAGAAGAACGGGGAGGUUCUGCUGCGUUUUGCUGCCGCCUACGGCUUCAGAAACAUCCAGAACAUGAUCUUGAAGCUCAGGAGGGGCAGGCUCCCCUACCACUUCGUGGAGGUGCUGGCGUGUCCCCAAGGGUGCUUAAACGGCAGGGGCCAGGCCCGCACGGAGGACGGCCAGGCGGACAAGGCCCUGCUGCGGCAGAUGGAAGGCAUCUACUCGGCCGUCCCGGUGCACCCCCCCGAGACCAGCGCACACGUGCAGGCGCUGUACCAGGAGUGGCUGGAAGGCAGCGACUCCCCUAAAGCGCAGGAGGCGCUGCACACCACCUUCCAGAGCCCGGAGCACUGCACGGACAGCCUGGACAUCAAGUGGUGACGAGGCCGGCGGGCUGGGCUGUCUCAGCGCGGAGGAGGCCGCCUCACGGGCCCCCGGCUCUGCUGCCGCCGUGUCGGUGGCCCCGUGUCACGUGGUGCUAUCUCACUGUGCGUGGGGUUGGGAUGUUUUAACAGGAGCAGAGGCUUCCCCAACUGAGUGCCCUUUUAUUCCAAGAUGGUGGGAAGAGUCCCAGAGACUGACAGAACAGACUACACUGUUAGGUUUAAAAAAAUCCAAAAAGUCUCCUGUGGAGAGCUGAGGCCCCCAGAAUUCUGAUUGCCAGGCCCCAGAGGUCCCUGAGGUAGAAGUGGACGCAGAAGGCUCUGGGGCCGUGGGGACCGGCAGGGCCUGGUCCCCACUGCCUUACCCAGGGUGGCUGUUUACACCUUGGGGGGGAAUCCUAAAUUCUGGCAACUGUGGGUCAUGCUUCUCACAGUCAGGGUCACCAGAGAGCAGUGGCCGCCACCCUGCUGUGGCCACCCUCAGCUGACGUGGGCUCACAGCCCUACUGGAGACAGGGAACGCCCCCCAUGUGGAGUGUCACCCUGGCGGACAGUCUGCCACACAGGCCGUGGGGCCCCUCUGCACCCCUCUAUCCUUCCCCGGCGUCCUCGGCCUCAGACGGGACCUCACACAAGUGGACCUAGCUCAUCCCCUCGGCUGCCCUGGGCCUGCUGCUGGGCGCCCGCGUGUCCACCAACAGCGGGCGGGCCGGUGCACCUGCAGCUCCGCACAAGGGCCGUCCUGGGAGGGCGCCUGAAGAGGCCCGCGUGGUGUCAGAAAGAACGGGAGGUGGCCCCAGCCCCGUGUGCUGUGAGGCUUCUCGUUGGCUUGCCUUCACCCUGUUCCAUGUUGUGUGUGCCUGUUGGGAUAUCUUUUGCUCUCCAUCCAUGUAUGUAGCCUGAAGUAGCUGACUGGAAUAAACAGCUGAGGAGUGAGUGUGGGUGCGUCCCACCCCACACAAGACCGUGCA